UCCUCAGGGUAUAUGCCAAGGAGAGGGAGCCUCUCUUGCUCUCCACACGCACGCCACCGAGCUGGUGUCUGCUGCUGGGCUUGAAUCCCGACCCAGGACCAUCUGCGAGAUUUGACAAACGUCUCAAGAAUGAGAUGGAUUCACCCGAGAAACUGGAGAAGAACAAUUUAGUGGGCACCAACAAAAGCCGGCUUGGUGUAUGCGGCUGGAUUCUGUUUUUCCUUUCCUUCCUGUUGAUGCUCAUUACCUUCCCGGUCUCAAUAUGGAUGUGCUUGAAGAUCAUUAAGGAGUAUGAGCGUGCUGUUGUCUUCAGACUGGGACGCAUCCAAGCUGAUAAAGCCAAGGGACCAGGUACGGCAGAGACUAUGGGCACCACCACCACCACCACCACCACCACCACCACCACCACCACCACCACGACCAUCUCCACCACCACCACCACCAGGGGCAUCUAUUGAGGGUCCAAGAGAAAACAUAGAAAGUAGGAGACCUUGUGUUUUAGGAGGUAGACAGAUGCUACUCCAUACAGCAUAUUAGUGGGAGAGACCAUGAGUUUGAGCAUUCUGAAAUAUGAACCUGCUUUAUAGCUCACACCCUGAGUAGUCCAACAAAUGGAUCAUAUUGACUGAAUGUCAUUUAUUUCCAGGGCGGUGACAAGCCAGGUCCAGGGAACCAGAAAGCAAGUGAAUGAC